AUGACGAACGAAGACCCCGAAGUCACAGAGCUGUCUGCUGCUCCCACUGCCCAACUUACGAUACGAUACUCUCCAGUUGACCUCGUCAAACCAUCCACUGAGAAACUCAGGUCAUCGAAUGAGAAGAUGUCUUUACCUGACGAAAUCGUGCUAUCCAUUCUCGAAAUGGCUGUUCAACUGGAGCCUCGGAUGAUUCGUCUCGGGUGCCAUCACGACAAAUUCCUCAAAACCAUUAUCUUGAGCGACAGCCCUGCCCAGUUUCACAUUACCUGGAAAUUGAGAGAAUUGCUUUUCACCUCCAAAACCCUGAUCUCAAAAUCAUUGUUACCCAGCGAAGAAGUUAUCCUCACUUACAAACCAUACUUUCGGCUCCCAGAAUCAUGCUUCAGUGCUGAGAUUGACUCCUUGCAUAUCAGCACACAACUUUACACCAUGCUCAGAACAGAGGUUCCCUGGAGGCAUAAUUUCAGACACAUGUUUGAACAUGUCAAACGCCUGGCUCUUGACCAUACUUCCACCAAUCAGAGCAUAUUCCUAAGUCGCUUACGCUUAGAUUUCCCAAGACUGGAACAGUAUUCCGUGCGGUUUGAUACCUCCGACACAAGUCAAAACCUCACAGAUCAUGCGAUAGAUCGAUGGGUCGAGACCUACAAGAAGCUUGGGCGCGAGCUGAAUUACACGAUGGAAGUUCAGCUCGAUGUGAUGAUGAGCACUCAGGGUGUUACACUAUACUAUGAGCACAAGAAGUUCCCUUUUGGGCACGUCUCUGCUGGUCGCUUAUCCUAUCUGAGGAGUGGGAGUCGUAUGUCGCGGGAGUGGAUUCCUCCUGUCGUAUUGAAGACCCGGCGCUUGUCUUGUCAAAGUGGUUUGGGUAUCGGGGUGCGAAAUUCCUGUUUUCAUGUUAAAGGGUGGGGUAGGAUGGAUAGGAUGGAUGGACGGUAA